AUGGCGCCGAUCUCGACGACCUUCCUGCCAACCCUGGAGAAGGCGCCACACGAUUUCCUCCAGCCGAGCCUGCCACUCUAUACAGAUGCUGUCGCAUACCUCAAGCACAUCCUCGACCCGCUUGCCCAGGAUGUCAGCGAAGAGCAGCAGCAGAGACUCAAGGCGAGUCGAAAGAAGCGAAAGCGCGGCGAAGGCGGUGACGAGGAAAUCUUGCGCCUCAAGCAAAUUCACACAGAUGGCUUCGGAGUCGAUCAAGUCUGGGAGCAGGCGCGGAGAGUAAUUGAGGCUGCCAGACAUGAGGCUGAGCAGCAGUAUGAGCAGUUGAAAGUGCAGAAAGACUUUGCACAGCCAAGAAAGAAUGGUAAAGCUGUGGGAUUUGAGGACAGCGAUGACGAUGAGGAGGAUCUCGGAGAAGAGGGCGUCGAUUACGAGAUAGAAGGCGUAGACGAUGGCGAGGAGGAGUAUCACACGUCGGAAGAUGAGGAUGAGGAGGAAGGCGCGCUCGACCUCGACAAUAUAGAAGACAUGCACGACGACUUUGACGACAUGCAAGAUGAUGAGGACGACGGGGCAAGCGCUGACGAUGAGCCCGCUGAACUGGUGCAGGACAGAUUUGGACUGAACGACGGCUUCUUCUCCAUAGACGACUUUAAUCGACAGUCUGAGUUUCUGGAACAGCAAGACACGCGGGGCGAGGACGAUGGGGCUGCAAGUGACGAAGAAGAAAUCGAUUGGGAUGCCGAUCCAGGUGUCCAAGCAGCGGCAGGGGCAGCCGAUCAAGCAGAUGGCGCUGAGUCUGAGGUCGACGGAGAGGACGGACCGACCUUUGGUGAUCCAGAUGCUGAGAGCGAAGAUGAGCACGAAGAGUUCGAAGGUGGCGCUAUGGAUGGCUUGGGCGACAUGGGCAAUGCCAACGACAUCAUGUACAAGGAUUUCUUUGCUCCGCCUGCACAGAAGAAGAGGAAGAACAGAAAAGGCCGACCCAACCCUCACAAUUUCCCAGACGCUGCCUCGAGCAAGAAAGAGCCAGAAGAAGACGAUGAUGACAUUGAGCGAGCCAUGGACAAAGUCAAAUUCGAUCUUUUCGAGGAUGAGUCUGAAGCAGAAGAGGAGGAUGAUCAGGAGCAGCUCGACCCUGCAGAUCCUCGAUCGAGGAGAUCAGCGCACGAGCGUCGAAAAGCACAAAUUGCAGAAGAGAUUCGCAAGCUUGAAGCUGCGAACGUAGCGAAACGAGACUGGCAACUAUCUGGCGAGGCUCGCGCAGCAGAUCGACCUACCAAUGCCUUGCUGGAAGAGGAUCUCGACUUCGAACGAGCAGGAAAGCCAGUGCCAGUCAUUACAGCAGAGGUCAGCGAGAGCAUCGAGGAACUAAUCAAGCGACGCAUCCUUGCAUUCGACUUUCAAGACCUUGUCAGGCGGCGACCUGAUGACCUCGCGACAGGAAGCGGCACCAGGCGUGGCAAGCUUGACUUUGAGCUCGACGAUACCAAGAGCAAGAAGGGUCUUGCGGAAGAGUAUGAGGAAGAAUAUUCAAAGCGCACAGAUCCAAAUUACGUCGACGUUCAGGAUGAGAAGCUCGAAAAAGAGCAGAAAGAAAUCGAACGCCUUUGGAAAGAAGUCUCUGCUCAGCUCGACAGCUUAUCAUCUUGGAAUUUUAGGCCGAAGCAAGCAGCUCCGCAAAUGGACAUCAGAGUUGAUGCUCCUGCUAUCACCAUGGAAGACGCUCGGCCCAGCGCUGGUGGUGAGGUCGCCGGUGCUUCUCAGCUCGCACCUCAAGAAAUCUACAAAGCCGGUGAAGCGGCAAGCGGAAAGGAGGAAGUUGCUGGCAAGAGUGGCCUUCCCUCCGCGCGUGAAGAGAUGUCCCGUGAAGAACGCAAGCGAAGACGCAGACGUGAGAAGGAGAGGAUCAGGAAGAGUAAUGGUAAUGCUGAAGCCAAGCCUGCAAAUGAGAGCAGGGCUGCGAAGGCCAAGAAGGACAAGGAGAACAUUGUUGGAGAUCUCAAGCGUGGCAAUGUCAAGGUCAUUGGCAAGAAGGGCAAGGUCACUGAUGUUGAAGGUAGAGAGGCCAGAAGUAGUUCUGGAGGUCAAGGCGCUGCGCGAUAUAAAUUGUAG